AUGGACACAAGUCUUCAGACCAGAGGAGCACUGCGAACAGGUGAGGACAGAGAGGAGGAAGCUCCGCUGGGUGAGGACCAUGGCGGCCUGAUCAGAGCUCAGAGAUCAGAGCCACUCACACCAUCCGCUCCUGGACAAGUACUUGACUCCAGCUCCAGAUCGCUGCAGCAUCUUCGGAGGAAGCUGUGCCUCAGUGAACUACUAAUCAAACAAAUCACUGAGAAUAAAGUGGAUAUGCAUAGUCUGUUACUUCAGGUGUUGCCUUCUUAUUCCAUGAAGUCUGAAAAGAGAGGCACCUGCCUGAUCAUCAACAACGAGAACUUCAGGAGUAUGAAAAAGAGAGAGGGGACUAUGAUGGAUGAGGAGUGUGUGUUUGCUGUCUUUGAGUGGCUGAACUUUGAGGUCAAGGUUCACAGAGACUGCGACAGGAGAACCAUUCUUUCGAUCAUCAAAGAGACGGCAGCAGAAGAUCACAGUCAGGUGGACAGUCUGGUCUGCAUGGUCUUCAGCCAUGGGGAUGAGGGUCGUGUGUUCGGGGUGGAUGGUCGGGCCGUCAUGCUCCAGGAGCUAACAGCUCCCUUCACUGGAUCCAAGUGUCCGAGCUUGGCUGGGAAGCCCAAGAUGUUCUUCAUCCAGGCCUGUCAGGGAGAGAAGAACAAUGAUCCUGUCACCAUCGAGGCAGACAGUGGGGUCGUCAGUGAUGCUGUGAAACCCCCCACCAUCCCUUCUGAAUCAGACUUCCUGCUGGCAAAGUCUACCGUCCCGACUUUCUAUUCCUACAGAAAUGUGGAGCAGGGGUCCUGGUUCAUUCAGUCGUUGUGUGGACAGGUCUUCAUCCUGGUGCCUAGGACAGUCGACCUUCUGUCUAUUCUGACAAAGGUCAAUGAAGAUGUCAGUGAAAAGGAUGUUGGCUCACGGAAACAAAUGCCGGAAUUUGUCUCCUCCCUAAGAAAGAAAGUGGUCUUUCCCAACCCCAAUGCUCCAGUUCAGCCACAAACCUCACCUCUCGACCUUUCACCACGACCUGAGCAGACCACCUACUCAUUCUACAAGCCACCACUUCCGUCGACCAUCUCCUCACCUGUCAAGCCACAACCUCAGCAGGCCACCUCCUCGCUCUACAAGCCACCACUUCCGUCGACCAUCUCCUCACCUGUCAAACCACAACCUCAGCAGACCACCUACUCGCUCUACAAGCCACCACUUCCGUCGACCAUCUCCUCACCUGUCAAGCCACAACCUCUCUCAUCUAAGGAGACCAGAGCUCUGCAGACCUCCUCACCGAACAAGCCCGUACCUUCGCAGACCUACGUCACAGAAUGUGUUAAACGAGCUCUACUGAACGGUGGCCUCCCAGUUGUUGCUGCAUUUGGCCCGGGUUUAUGUGUCCCCACUGGCCCAGAAGGCAAUAAGGAUGGCACGUUUUAA